AUGUUUGAAUUAUUUUAUAAACGAGUAAUUUUACUUAAAUUCUUUCCGCUUAAACCACAAAUUAGAACAUCGGGUUCCCUUGCAUAUCAUAACAUUCCACAUGAUAUCCAUUUGGCACGUGGAAUUCUUAGUGGUAUACGUCCAAAAAUACCAACACAUGUACCAAAAUUAAUUGCUGAAUUAAUUAUUACAUGUUGGAAUACUGAACCAGUUAAAAGGUUAUCUUCUAAAGAAAUAUUCAAUAUUAUAGAUGCAUGGAAUAAUGAAAAUGAUGAGUCAGUAGAAAUCGUCGCACAAACAAAGGAAGCUGAUGAAGCGCUUAAAAAUAUUGUGAUUUCCAAUACAUCCACAAAAAAAUUCUAUCACUAUACACUCGGAAGCAAUUUAUGCAAGCAGGGUAUUAAAUAUUCUAAAUAUUGCAGGUAA